ACAUGGUGCAGGGUGGGCGUGCCCGCGACUCUGAUGUAAACACAAAAUACGCCUCAUCCCCAGUCGGAUAAGUCACAGUGGAGCGAAUUGGUGAGAUUAACCCAAAUAGCCUCCGUUGUUCGGGGAAAAGUGUAAUAUGCGUUAAGGCGCAGACGGGCGACGCCAUGGACUUCUACAUCAAUCUGAAGGUGAAUUUCAGGGGAAAUUCCAAAAAUUUCCUCCUGUCGGGAUCUGAGACCAAGAGCUGGGAGUCGAUGGAGGCCAUGGUGAAGCGUUCGUUUGGCCUGUGCAGUCUUCAGCUGACCUAUUUUGAUGAGGAAAACGAGGAGGUGUCCAUUAACAGCCAAGUGGAGUAUGAGGAGGCAUUAAAGAGUGCAGCGAGGCAGGGGAACCGACUGCACAUGAACGUGUACGAGACUCGGGGCCAGUCGGCAAGGGUCCCUACCACCAAGACCAGCGGAACAGAGCCCAAGAGGGGCUUCAGACCCCCGCAGCACUGCCCCGCUCUGGCCCAGGUGGUCAGCCGCAAAGUCCAGGCUGCGGUGCCAGAACAGGGCAUGGUGAUUAUGAAAGAUGUGAAGGGUACUAAAGAAGAAGACAAGACUCCUCCAGCCUGGUUCACCUCUUACAUGGAGAAGUUUAAAGACCAGGUGGUUCGCGAGGCGGUGGAGAAGAUCUGCCGGGAGUUCUCUGGACAGUGCUGCAUCCACAAGCCCCUUGGAGGAGAGCAGGAGGAGGGGGGGGAGGUAGAGGGGAAGCAGCAGGAGGAGCGGAGGCCCAGCAGGUCCCUGAGGUCUCCUCCUCCACUCUACCUGGGGGCUCCAUCCUCCUCCACUCCUCCCUGCUCCUCCUGCAGGGGGCAGACCACCGGAGGAGGCUACCAGUGCAGUGUGUGCACCUCCUGUACUCUGUGCGAGCCCUGCAGUUUCUCUCAUGAUCCCAGUCACAACCUGGUGAGAGCAAGGACUCCCCUGUCCAUCCCGGAGCACGGAUCACCUGCCCCAGACCACAGCAGGUUCUACAGGCGAGGCGACCGCAGUUUCCGGAAGGCGGAGAAGCAGCGGCUGAAGGCAGAGAAGCGCCUGCUGAAGGCCGAGGUCAAAGAGAUCCGGAAACAGCUGAGGAUGGAGAGGCGGGGCAUACAGUGGAGCUCCUCCCACAGAGACGGAAGCUCCUCCCCUGUCCUUCUGCAGCCUCGAGCCACCCAGCACAACAGCCCUGAGCGUCCAAAGCGUCCCUGUCCCCUGGUGGUUCCAGCCAUGACGGCAGCAUUUCUGGAUGAAAACCUUCCUGAUGGAACCCGACUGCGUCCCGGGACCAAAUUUAUCAAGUACUGGAAGAUGAGGAACACUGGAACGAUCAGCUGGAGUGCAGACACUAAGCUCAAAUUCAUGUGGGGAAACCUGGCGGUGGGAUCUGGGGACCGUUGGAGAGAGGUGUCUGUUCCCUUCCUCCAGCCAGGACAGGUUGGUAUAGUGAGUGUAGCACUCAGUGCUCCCACUGUGGAGGGCUCCUACACCUCCCACUGGCGCCUGGCCCAUGCUGGAGAGCAGUUUGGACCCAGGGUCUGGUGCAGCAUCGUGGUUGAUCCUCUGGCUCCAGCGCCCAUGAUGGCAGAUGGGAUACUGGUGUCACCCUGUGUCACACCGCAGGGUAAGAACCCAGUGUCAAAGGAUGGAAAAACCUGUGCAGCAUCUCGGGAGCUACCAUUAAUGUCAGUGGACCAAGAAGAGUACUACAUCCCCUCUGUUGACCUGCUCACUGCACAGGAUCUUCUGUCUUUUGAGCUGUUGGACAUCAACAUCGUCCAAGAGUUGGAGAGUGUCCCAAACAACACCCCUGCUGACAUGACUCCGUGCAUGUCCCCUCUGCCUCAAGAUGGCCACCUGCUGGACAAGAGCAGUCCCUCUUUGGGUCUCAUCCAGGAAGAGACUGAAGUCAUCACUAGCAUCAUGGAUGUUCCUCAUGGCCCGGGAUCUGGAGCAGAAGGGGGUGGAGUCCCAGCUCAGGAGGAAGGGGAGGAUGACAUCAGUGGGACUCAGUUUGUUUGUGAGACUGUGAUCCGCUCAAUGACCCUGGAGGAGGCCCCUGACCACGCCCCUCUGAGAGGCUCCCGCCCAGAGACAGUGGUGCGUCCAGCUGCUCCGUGCAGCUCCUCCUCCUCCUCCUCCUCCUCCUCCUCCUGUGUCAAGAGUAAAACUGUAAAAAUGGAGGAGAGCCCAGACAGCAGCCCAAGCAGCUCUAAAAACCCCCUGAAACCACCGGCUACGCUGAAAGCUUCCCUCCCUCCCCCGCUGAAAGCUUCCCUCCCUCCCCCGCUGAAAGCCUCCCUCCCUGCUCCCCUGUCUGUGGCUCCGACCCCGGGAACCGGCCCCAGCUCAGCACCGACCCCGCUCCGUGCUCCGCCCAGGGCCUCCACCCUGCAGGAGCAAACAAUCACAGAUGAAGGUGAGAUGUCCCCCAUGGAGAGAGAGAAUGAGCCAGGGGAGGAGAAGGAGAAAGAGGGGGAAGACAACAGAGAAGGGACGAGGAGCCGCUCCUCCUCCACCUCCUCAGAAGAUUACAUCAUCAUCCUCCCUGACUGCUUUGACACCAGUCGGCCACUGGGGGAGUCCAUGUACAGCUCUGCUUUGUCCCAACCUGGUGACAUCGCAGCCCAAACCCCCACAGACCUAGAAACCCCCUCUCUUGACCACCCUGGCAGUUCCACCCCGGGGGGAGAGCUGGGUGAGGCGGAUGAAGCCGUAGUGGCUCCAGCGACAGGGGUAUCGGGCACCAGCAGCGCCAACGACAUGCUCUGUACGUCUCAGACGCUGGACGAUGAACCGCUGACACCUGAAGUGGUGGCACCACCUAAAGCCAACGUCACACCAAGUCCAGAGAGCAGUGGAAAAACAGAUGCUGAACCUGCUGCUGCUGGCGAAGGAGCAGAGAGCUCUGAACUGUACCAAACUGAGGAAGCCUCUGGUCCUGAACAAGCUCAGGCAGGUGAUACUGAAGCUACUGAAGACACAGAGGACAACCCUGAGGACCCCAGGCACCCAGGCAUCACCAGCGGCCUGGUGAAAGGCGCUCUGUCAGUAGCUGCUUCUGCCUACAAAGCUCUGUUCACUGGACAAGGCCCCACACAGCCUCCAGUGGAUGCAUCCACCCAGGACACCAUGAUGGCCGUGCUGGUGGAAAUGGGUUUUGGGGACAGGCCGCUGAACCAGCGGCUGCUGAACAAAUACAACUACAACCUGCUGGACGUGGUCAACGAGCUCGUUCAGAUGACCGACAAUGACUGGUACUCUACACGCUACUGAUGAGAGAGAGAGAGAGGAAGAAGUGUAGGAAGAAGAAAAAAGGAGAAAGAAGAGCUGAAACAAUAAAUUAUGGAUGAAGAAAGAAGAGGAGGAAUGGCUGGAAGAGAGAAAUUCAUUUCUGCUCAUCUACCUUUUUACCUUCCUCCUUCUGCCUAUCUCUCUCCUAAUUGGUCCAUCCUGGACUAGCUGGAUGGAGAUAAAUCUUCUCUAUGACCAUACAAGGAGACAUUCCAGCAAACUCUCUGGGAUACUGUGUAGACCAUCAAACACCCACUGUCUGUAGUAUUACUUUCAGCUUAGGCCUUGAUAGUGGCAGGGCAGCUGCUGUGCAUAGGAAUGUAAGAGAGCUGAAGAAAGAGACAUGUUCUUUAAGUCUCAAAGGAGCUACGGUUAACAUUUACCGUUUUCUAAAAUUAAGACCACAUAUCCCAUGAGCCCUCUGCGGCCUGCAAAGAUGGCAUGCAAAUAUAAAAGAGGCAGUAACAGCAAAUAUGGAUUUUAAUGUGACACAAUAUGCUAAUGUGAAGUUGUGUUACUUUCAAAUACAAAGCAGUUCCACAUUCAUGCACUAAUGUAACAGAUUUUCCAGUUAAUGUAAGAUGCAGCUUAGUGGCUAGCAGAGGUAAAUAUACCCCUAUCAAAAUAAGCAUGGUUAUGAUUUGAAAAACUACACAUGGUACCUUCCUGCUUUGCCCUUUUGCCCAGCAUAGUGAUGACGUGCAGUAUCCACAUCUGCACUGAAAACUAUUAUGAGAUCCACACCACUGGUCACUAAGUACCUAGCCCUUACCAGCAGUCAGCAUGUGUUCACAUGGUUGUAAACUACAUUUAAGUAGCCUAAUGGUGUGCUUUUGCCAUUUACCAAACAACUCAGACAAUUGAAAUACUUGCUUUCAACUACUUGUUUGUGUGAGCAUGAGGGUUCCUUUGCACAAAAUCCUUUUGCAAAAAAGUUAUCAAUGAAGAUUUUUCAGUGUUGGCCAAGGAUGAUUUGGACCAAAUCUUCCCUGGAGUUCUGCAACUCUGGCCCAGGUAACAAAUGGCCUGGGACUUGGUAGCACAACUCUAGGCCCAAUUUACAGAAGCUGUGAAGCUUUGGGCUCAGCAAGGUUUGGUUGUUAUCAAAUGUAAUUUAUUAAGAAAAUAUUAGGUUAUUAUCUUGAAGCUGUUGAAUUGAUAUUUUGAUAUAGAAUUACAUAUAACUGUAAUCACACAAAGUACAGUAUGCAGACAAGUAUGUGGACAAUGCUGCUUACGUUGGAGCCACUUGUCUACGCUCUCAUGUUAGAGCCUUAGAGCUGGGUACAAAGUGAUUAUCUGUUUCAUUUGGGUUCAGGUGUCUUAGAGAAAGGUUGCAUUGUAUUAUUAUCAUUAGUUUGUUUGUUUGUUUGUUUUAUAACUUAUGUCCAUAUCACUGGAACGUAUUCAGGGUUUCCACACACCUGUCACUGUUCUGUACACAUAACCUGCUUUAGAUCAGUAGCUAACUACUGAAAGCAGAAAAAUAUUCCCCUGGUAAACUGGCUUUGGAGACUCGUCCUUCUCUGGUUCUGCCAUUGGAAAGAGGUUGGAUACAGUUAGGGUGCUUUCAUUUUGUUUGCUUCAUUUUAAACAAACUCUUGUGUGCUUGCCUGUUUGGUUUUGUUUGUUUAGGCAGGUGUGAAAGAUGUCAACGAAAUCACAGCAUGGAGACUGCCUGAGUAGGAGGGCCUCGGUCUGGUUCCAGACCAGCUCUGCUGUGGUUUCAUAAAAUGCCCUUUGUUUGCUUUCACUCCAUAAACACAGGGCAUUUUAUGAUAGUAGAUAUGGGAUUUCAGCAUGAAGCAACAUAUAUAUUUAUGCGCAAAUCCAUUGUAACACAUAUGCGCUUAAGCACGUGUGUUUGGGAAAUCUCUGCCAUAUAUCAGAAAAUGAAAAGAAGUUAAAUAGAGUUGUGUUGAACGCAUGUCUUACUCCAUGUAAGUGAGACAUAGCGACUGUAAUAUAACAGUCUUUUCCAUCCUAUUUCUAUCUGGUUAGAUGGAUCCAGUGCUGAUAAUACAAGAUGGCAUCAGCAAAACUGUCCAAUGAGUGAGUUACCUGUCAGUCCAUAUGAAUUUAUGUUUACAGCUCUGAUUCGUUUAUAACAAGCCAGUGUGUGAACACCAAAUGGACCAGAAAUAAAAAGUGAAAGGUUUAAGGUUUUUUUGGUCCAGACCAAAUGAACCACACUACAGGUGUGAAAGCACCCUUAGAUUAUCCGAUCUUCUUCGUUGGAAGCGUACCGUGGACUGAAAAUGAAGACUUCACUAACAUUCUGUUCACUGUCUUUAUCUUGUUCAUAUCAUUUUGCAAUUCUUGUUUUGUGCUUCUUCAAAGUGGUCUGGUGUGGGGGCUGAUACUCAUAGAGGGUCCUUUGGUAGAGCACAUUCAGAGCAUGUACAGUAACAGUAAGGUCAUUCCAAACUUAAACUGGAAAAACCCAAUGUGUACCUAUGUGAAAAUGUGUUUUUUGUCCCCCUUCAAAAAAUGUAUGAUUAUAUACAAAACCUCCUAGAUGGAAGCUAUGACUAUCAUUUGACUUCAUUAGUUUAAGUUUAAGAUUGAUUUUAUAGAUUGUUUAAGGUGUUUGUGCUUCGAAUGCUUGAAAGCUGCUUGGAAAUGUAAAAAAUUAGAGCUGUGGAUGUUGUAUUUUUAGGCUUAUUGUGUGGUGGUUGAGUUUGCUCUGCUGUGUGCGUGCGUGCGUGCGUGCGUGCGUGCGUGCGUGCGUGCGUGUGUGUGUGUGUGUGUGUGUGCGUGCGUGCGUGCGUGCGUGCUUGUGUUAGUGUUGUUUGUAAAUGUUACCAGAUUGAUUGAAGGAUUUGGAGUAGAAGAAAUAAUUUAAUAAAACAGCACUUGUUGUAGGAUUAUGAUUAAUUGUGUGCAUACAUGAUACAUAAAUCAGUGGGUAAAAAACAAACAUUUGGCCAAGCCACAAUUAAAAAUCACUGUCUUUAUUAAUCCAAAGGCACAAACUGGGACUUUGACAUUUUGGGAAAUUCACUUUCUUUCUGUGAGUUACAUGACAACAUUGCUACCACUCUCAUGUGUGUAUGCUAAAUCUGAAGGUACCACGGAGGGUAACGUUAUGUGAAUGGAAACAUCCAGCAUGCUCCGGGAGCUCUAAAGCUCAGUAAGCAGAAGUUACAGCACCUAGCCAAGAAAUAGUUCAGCACAUAACCUCAGUAAAUCAACAGCAUGACAUUUUUACACUUACACACUUACACAAGGGUCAAACAGACUAUAUAAUGUGUUCAUUAGUGAGCCUUCCAGGUUGGCUACUGUUAGGUGGUUCUUGUUACCUUCAGAAAGAGAAAGCCUAGCUGUUUCAGUUGUCAGUCUUAGUGCUAAGCUAACCUAAGCUAACCGGCUGCUGGCUGUAGCUUUGUUACUGCACACACAUGAGAUUGGGAUGAAUCUUCUCAUCUAACUCUCAGCAAGAGAGGGAAUAAGCACAUUUCCCAUGUUGAGCUAUUCCUUUCAGGUUUAGGCAUCAGACGUUAACUUUGCAACUCAGCCAAAAACCGAAUAUUUAAACUUCUGACAAACUGACGAUAUGUAGUGAAGAUUUUAAUGGGAUGUUUUUCACUCAGCAAUGUUCAUUAGAAAAAAAACAAGCUCACCAUAAGUAGCCAGAAUGGUGAGACUGAGGGUCAUACUCCAAUACAAGAGAACAGUAUUAAACAAAGAGACCACUGUUGACAUACAGCCACUCUUACCUACAGUGUAAUAUGAUGUUACGGGACUGUGAAUUGCCAGCCAAAUUAUGAUAAAUGGUGUACAAACUAUUUCACCACCUAACCCAAAUUUAAAUGUUUUCAGGAAAUGGGAAAUACAAUAUGUUUUUGUCCAUUUUUUUGUUUGUUUAGUUUUUUCCUUGAGGAUUAUCUGCUUCUACACACAGUUCUAGGGUAAACUCCCAUAGGUUACCUGAGCUUAAUGUCAUGUGUUCCUGGGUUUCUUGUACAUUUUGCAUCACAUUCACUCAAUUGAAUCUCAUCACAGUCCCUUUAAUAGACAUCAAGAUCCUGGGACCUCCGUAGGUAAUUAAUGAAACCCUGCUGCACAUCUCAUCAAAACUCCUGCGUGGUGAAUUGGAAUCUGGAAAUGUGCACUUGAAGAAGGGGAAAAGUUUCACACACUGUACUGUAUGUCAUUUUGCUUCAAUUAAACGUGUAUGUGUUUCACGAGGGACAGUCAGGUGAAAUAUUUUCAUAUUGCGGUAUGAAUACAAGUUAAGUAUUUAAGGAUGAAGAGAAAAGCUAGACUGUUUGAGCUUUUUUUCUGUGUUGCACUUUAUGAUCAUGGUUAUGAUGUUCAAAAAAAGUCAUUAAAGUCAUUACACUCAUGA